UAGGCUCUCUAACGAUGUCCUGACCACAGAGACAUCUAUCAGUGCCUUUGGUGGUCCAUGGUCUACAGCCUGUCUCUGGCGAAGUGCUACUUAUAUACAUUUCGGUGUCGCCUCGGAAUCCAAAUCAUCUUUGGAGUCGGACGGAUAUUCGAAAGGAGGCGUUGUUACUGUGGGAAAGGUGGAAGAAAAAUGAUACGUUUCAUACUGAUCCAAAAUCGAGCUGGCAAGACUAGGUUGGCCAAAUGGUAUAUGAAUUUUGAUGAUGAUGAAAAGCAAAAAUUAAUUGAAGAAGUGCAUGCUGUGGUCACCGUAAGGGAUGCCAAACACACCAACUUUGUUGAGUUUCGAAACUUCAAAAUUGUGUACAGGCGAUAUGCUGGCCUUUAUUUCUGCAUUUGUGUAGAUGUGAAUGACAAUAAUCUCUGCUAUCUGGAAGCUAUUCAUAAUUUUGUAGAAGUAUUAAAUGAGUACUUCCACAAUGUCUGUGAGUUGGAUCUAGUCUUCAAUUUUUAUAAGGUGUACACAGUUGUGGAUGAAAUGUUUCUAGCUGGAGAAAUAAGAGAAACCAGCCAGACAAAAGUUUUAAAACAGCUCCUGAUGCUGAAUUCGCUGGAAUAAGCAAGACUUGUGUGUUUCAAAUAAUUUGUAAAUAAUCAUGUAAACAUUUUUGACAUAUAUUUGUGUGCCAAGAUCUGACAGUUGAUUGUUGGUCAUAUAUAAUUUCAUUGUUAUACAUUCCUUUAAGUUAAGUUUAAGAUAUUUUUUGAAGUACAGAAAAAGCAAUAUUAUAUUCUCUUUAUUAAUACUGUUUCAUUUUAUUAAAAUGUUCCACAAAAUA